CCCAUCAUAUAGGUAUCAAUUUAUACAUCAGCUUGCAUGCUACACCUAUAUAUGGCUAUCCGACUCCUUUUUCGUCCUCGCAACACACUCGCCACUCUCGCCAGUAGCCAUCACCUCCACACCACCGCGCUCUCUCUCUCUCUUUCUCUGCUGCCGUAAUAAUAAAUAACAACGCGAACGUCUAAGUAUGGGGGGAUAUACUAGUGCAUUCUGCAUUGGUGCUCCAGCUAUUGCCUCUCUGCUCCGUGCCUCCCCCCGGUUCCCAAACUUUUAACUCCAACCCUUGUUCUCCUCUACGUAGAAGUACUAGCCGCUAGGUAAGUAUACCUAGCCAUUGUAGAUGCAGCUUUCGAAGGAAUCAUGGAUCCUUCGAUGUAUGUUACUUAUACACCUCAGGCAAAUGGAGUUCCACUGGAGUCAAAACUUGCCACUUACAUGAAUCGUCAAAAUUCAUCAGGUCCUAUGAUAACGGCUACUAUAAAUACAAUAAACACAGCCAACGUGACAAAGCAUCUAUCCAACUUGAGUUUGGAUGGGUCUAAAAAAGCCACGACUGGUCAAGAAUUCGUACCAAGCAGAGGUCCUGCGCAUACCAAUAACUCAUCACCAAAUGUAUUUAACAAUUCGUAUCAUUCCCAAGAAAAUGUAGGAGGUACAACAUACUAUUAUGUUCAAAAUCCUGUUGAUCCUUCCCUCAAUGUUGUAGAAGAUGGAGGUGAAAUUGUUGGUAAUGUUGAACCUCAGCCAUUAGCCUACAUCUAUCCUGGUACACCAUCGUAUUUACAACCGUUGAAGCCGAUAAAAUCAACAUCCAAUAGCACAGAGGCCACUACUCCUCAAAUACCACAAGCUCCAAGUUUUUUUAUUCCCGAAACUCUGCGAAUGGAAAUUCUUCAAAAAAAUGCACUAUCACUAGCACAGCCAGAUCUUGCACAGUUUCCAGAUAUACCUGCAGAGGUUGAAAAUUACCAGGAUAUCGUUCCCAUUGAAAUUUUAAACAAACCUGUUUCAGCCGUACUGGGUUAUCAAUCAUCAACAUACAAAGCUACUAAUGUUAAAAAUGGAUCAAAAUAUUGUUUAAGAAGAAUUCAUGAAUUUAGGUUAACAAACACAAAAUGUAUGGUUAUUGUUGAUAUGUGGAAGAAAUUGGCACAUACAAAUAUAGUUCAGUUAAGAGAAGUAUUUACUACAAAAGCAUUUGGUGAUAAUUCUAUGGUAUUUGUAUACGAUUACCAUCCUGGAUCAGAAACACUGUUAAAUAGACAUUUUUCUCCAACGGAACUUAAUGGUUACACAGAUCCAUUUUCGUCAGAUCCCAACGCUCCACGGCCUUACAGUCAUACAAAAAACACAAUACUCAGACAACAGCACAACAGUAUGCUACCAGAAAGCAUCAUUUGGAGCUACAUUAUUCAGCUUACUGCAGCUCUUCGCGUAAUUCAUGCUGCUGGCCUUGCGUACAGAUGCUUGGAUCCAACCAAAGUAUUAUUGACUUCUCGCACACGAUUACGCUUGAGCGGUGCUGCUGUGCCGGACAUCGUAACCUUGGAUGUCAACGUAUCCCAUCCUUUGAGCGCAAUGUCGAUCUAUCAGCAAGAGGAUCUCAUAGCUCUUGGAAAACUCGUGUUAGCAUUAGCUUGCCGCAGCCUAAUUGCCGUGCACCGUGACAAUGUGUCUGCAUCUCUCGAGCUCGUUUCACGCUCCUACUCCACUGAUCUCCGAAAUCUUAUACUGUAUUUAUUAUCCACUCAAGCACGAAAGAGCGUAACAGAUCUCAUGCCGAUGAUUGGGGCGCGUUUCUACACCCAAUUGGAUGCAGCACAACUCUGCUCAGAUGUGCUUGAGAACGAGCUCACGAAAGAGCUUGAGAAUGGAAGGCUCUUUAGACUGAUUGUUAAAUUGGCCACUAUUAAUGAGCGACCUGAGCUCAACAUGGACCCUCAGUGGUCUGAGACUGGUGAUCGUUACAUGCUCAAAUUGUUUAGAGAUUACGUUUUUCAUCAGGUCUCAGCUGACGGAAGGCCAUGGUUAGAUUUAGCCCAUGUUGUAUCAUGUUUGAAUAAACUUGACGUCGGUGCACCCGAUAAGAUUUGUUUAAUAUCUAGAGACGAGCAGAGUGUGCUUAUCGUUAGUUACGCAGAACUACGACAUUGCAUGGAGACUUCUUUCAACGAAUUAGUGCAAGCUACAAAAGGCACCCUCACAGAGGCUGUUUAAACUAUCGUUGAUAAAGAUAAGCGAGCCUCUUGACACUUACCGUUAAUGUGAUAUGGACAUCUAAGGUACUGUCUUAAAAACAAUUUUAACAAAAAAGCUCUUCAGUGAAUGAAAUAGCUUUAAGAGUAAUGCAAAGUAUGAAGUUUAAAAUGCAAAUGAAUUUGCGUGAUAAAGAGCGUGUAUUGUAAAAAAGUUUUUUUCAUAUUAGUAAAUAAAAGUAUGUUUUCCGCGAGAGAAAACAACAAAACGAA